GAAAAUAACAAAUCCCCACGAAACAAAAGAAAAAAUUACCUGUCCAACAGAAAGAGAGCAACCUCUGCAUCACUUUUCAGGUCCUCCACAUGCCCCAGUUGUCUCCACCACUCAAACGCUGCACCGAUGUUGACUCAGGUUCAGCCAAUCCUGUUAAAGUUCAGCCACACUCACCGAGGACAUCGACUGAAGCGUCUUUGAGCAGCAGGUUCCCUGAAAAACACGCUGGACCUCAGGAUGGCUUCUCCUCUGAUCGGAGGCUGUGGACGGACACCUCAACAGCAGUUCAACGCUUCAGAUACACUUCUGCGACACAGAGAAGUUAUGAGGAAGUCAGCUGGGAUACAAAGUUACCCCGGCGCUUGAAGGCACCAGAAACGACCCUGGAGAUAAUGGCAGACCCAGUGAGUGAGCGUCCCUCGACGAGGCGCUACAGUAGUAGACCUCAGCUGUGGCAGUCUGUCGGAGCUGAGUGGAACAGACAGCAGCUCCGGUGUAGGAAUGAUGCCAAGAAACCUGUUUCAUUCUGCAGUGGAUGUCUGAGGUCAGGUCAGAUCCCUCUGUACACCGGUACAAUUGGCUCUGAGAACAUGCAUAACAUUGACAACAUGGAUGAAGACUUUCACCCUCUGACCCUGAAGAGGAGCAUCAUCCCCCGGUACACGCCUACAGCACGCCGAACGACCAUCCCUGGAUAUACAGGCAAGGCUGCCUAUGUUAAUUCUGCUGCUCCAGCUGUCUGCAGCCCUGCACACCCCUCAGGGACAACUGAAGAAUCGGGGGGUCCCACUUUUGGCCAUGUGGCGCCCCUCUCUCGAACGGUGACCGCUGUGACCCCCUGCAACCCCUUCUUGAGACCUGCACUUCCUGCCUCACACACAAGCACACGGGGAAGGCAUUAGACAAAGCAGAUGAGAAAGUUUUGAAGGUGCCAGCCUUCCUUUUUAUGCCAUCCAAUCUGUUUAUAUGAAUACGUCUAUAAUGAUGUGAUGUCAGUGACUGAUUCGGAGUGAGUUGGAGAAUAAUGAGAUGCCCCAUUAUCAUAAUUUCCCUGAUUUAGAUGAGUGGUUUUCUAACUCUGGGUAGUGAGCUCUUGCUUUGUCCUUUUAAACAUUCACUCUCUCACUGACUCACUCACUUGCUCACUGUGUGUGUGUGUGUGUGUGUGUGUGUGUGUGUGUGUGUGUGUGUGUGUGUGUGUGUGUGUGUGUGUGUGUGUGUGUGUGUGUGUGUGUGUGUUCAUUUCAGCCCACACUCUGUGUUUCAGUCAUGAAGGGCAAAGAAAGGGAUCGUACAGAAAAUAUUAUUUAGGGAAGUGAGGAUUUCCUGCAUCAUGUUUAAUAUCUAUAAUUAACAGUAUACAACAUCAGGUACAACGGAUGCAUUAUGAGUAACAUUUUGGUAUUUACCAAAGAUACUUUGCUCAGGAAGAACAUAUUAAAUACAGUUUUCAGUCUAUGCUGCACACAUCAGUUAGAGGUGUUUUCUAUAUGUGUCUGUAAGACAGAUCGACAUUAUUAAGUCUCUGCCAACUAUAGCUUUAUGUCUGUGGUUUGUGCAGCUUCACGCUUAGACAGGAAAUAGGGAUGAGCUGGUUUUCCUGUUUCUCUUCAUCUAUAUUUUGUUUAGAUUUACAUUGCACAAGGACUUCUUUUUUUUUCUACCUGAACACACUGCCGACUUUGUGAGAAGUUGAAGUUGUGCGAUCACUAAUGCAUCAAGAUUUUAAUCCACAUGUCAGUUACACUGUCUGAAAUUUACUGACAUUAAAAAGGCACUUCAGUGAUUAAGUAUUUGGUGUACGUAAUGUUGGGGGUCUCACAAGAGACAGAACUGAACAAGACUGGUCAAAAUUGAAGCUGCAGAGGCUGAGAUAUCCUAACUUUAAAUAACGACUUUAAGUCAAAAUAAAAAUGUAUUGGAGCCUACAUUUCCCAUAAUGCAGCAGUCAUCAUUAGGGUUAUUUUUUCAAGCUCUGUAAGCUCCAUUAAGAGCUACAGAAGACAUUGUUCAAGCCGUAUUGUACUCUUUGUGAGGAGCAAGAGUAAGCUACUCAAAUUACUCACUGCAUAUUACACACUGAAACGAGUAAUCGCAUCACUUAACAAGUUAGUCAAAAGCAAAAAUAAUUAGACACAUUGUUUGUCACCUAACUUCCAUUACCCACGCAGCUGCACUAAGGGUUGUAGACAACUUGAAAUCCCUUUCACCUACAUGUGGUGUGUCAUUCUGUAGUUAACAUUCAGAAAUAGAAAACAAAAUCAUUUUAACAAGACAAGACGGUCAACUGUUAGUUAUUGAGGCUAUAGAUACAAACACACACAAAAUGAACAGACUUCCAAAUGUAUUGUAAUGGGUAACAUUAGCAAGCAAGCUUAGAACGCUGAGAUAGCGCACACUUGCGAACAAACAUUACCCGGUUAAAUGACUGCACUGUAUUGUAACACAUUAAUACUGAUGACAAGUAAACUAGACUUCAUGUGUAAAAGAUGUGUGCAUUUUCCCUUUAGCAGCUCAGAGUCAUUAAACCUAGCGACAAAGCAAACCAUAGAUUCCUUCAGAUUUAUCCUUUAAAUCAUCGUAAAUCCAUCAGAUCUAGAGAGUGCACUCUUCCUUUUGGCUCGAUAUCAGCUCACAACUCUGUGAGUGACUGACGUCUAGUCACCACCAGUUAAUGUGUUGAACAAUGUUGAAUUCAAGGUUAAAUUUAGAAAGCCAGCAAUUCCCCAUGAACCACUUUAUGAAAUGAUGGAGGGACCAGACUUAGCUAUCAUCAACUAAACCAUUUUAAAACAAAUUACUGAUCAUUGUUUCACGUUCGUAGGAUGUUUUGUCGUAAAUCGUGAAUGUCCCUUUAUUUAUUUAUUUUAAAUUGGUAUUCUACCCAAGUUUGUGUGUUUGCUGUUGUGUUUAAAAACCAAUAAAACUGCGU